AAAAAUCUGAGUUUUCGGUUUUUUACGAGUAGUAAUGACUUGGUGCCCAUUGGCAUUACUCUCGAUCUCCUCAUCAGCCCACCACAGUUAACUAGUUGCUGGAAGUUGAACUCUUUCUACAAAUAAUUGAUUCCACGGCUCUCUCCCAAUGGCAGAGAUCGACGGAAUUGAAGCCGGGCGGCGCUUGAAGAGACAUCAUGACGCCCUUCUAGCGGACAUGAAUCCCAUCAAGGUGAUGGACCAUUUGAUGACUCCAGACCUUCUGAAAGACGAAGUCGUGCAGAAUGUCAGUGCAGCGACGAGAGAGCACGGUCAGAUCGAGGGGUCGAGGAGGCUUCUCGAAUACUUGCGCCCGCUCGUCAGACACCAACCGAGAGCGCUGGACGAAAUAAUCGCGGCGCUCCGAAGGGCAAGCACGGAGCACUUGGCAGACCUGCUGGCGCAGCCUCUCUCCCCGAUCCGCCCAGAGCUGGAGCUAGGAAAGGAAGCUGCACUCGAGGAGAUGAAUAGAGGCAAUGGCAACGCCGACAUGCAAGUGGCACGACAGGGAAGUUCUCUCAAGCGUCGAUCCGAUGACUGGAGCACGGCGUCAUCUCCGAAGAGAGCGAUCAGGGAAGAGUCCCAAACAGAUGAAUCAAACUUCGCACAGGAAACUCUGGAUCCCACUAGUGGGCAGCCUGGCGAUGCCUCGUGUGGGGCUGACGACAGUCUUUGUGAUGUGGGUGGUGAUGAUGCUCAUGAAGAGCGUAACAAUGAUAUUCAAACUAAAAGCAUACGCACGCGCUGGACGAACCACAAGUGAGCUCCGCCGGAGGCGGUGGGGCCAGUCUCAAUCCGUGUCAUUCCGAGGGUCACUCAAAGUACAACGUCAGUGAUAAAUCUCCGCUCGAUGAGCCCCCAAAUGCCUCAGUCGAAGCGGUUGAAAUGACAGCGACAGACUGGCGACUUGAGCAAAUCUGCGAGCAAUGCUCUGGCAAAUGGCAGCAAUUGGCCAGGAGCAUACGGACAACGUAUAAUGGUAACACCGGAUUCUUUGAACCGAGCAAAGUGGAUGAAAUUGCGAAGGACGGUGGUGGAUGUAGGAACUGCUGUCGCAAAAUGCUGGACCAUUGGGUGACGAAUGCGGAGGACAAGUCAUCGAAAAUCCUUAAGCAGGCAAUGUACGAUGCUGGAUAUAGACGGGCUGCUGACGACAUUUUCGGAGUUUAAGGAAUGAGUGGCGUUGAACUGUAAGCUUGUCACUGAUACUCAGUCUUCCGGUUCAAGUGUUAUCGAUGUACAAAGAACUAACAAACAAUCGAGUAAUGCCAAGUGCAUACUUCUGCUUGGUGAUUUUCUUUUCUUCUUUUAAUAAUAUUAUGUACUUGUUAAAUAUAUUUUACACGGAAACUUGACCUUCAUGUAUUUUGAAUUUUCCUUCUUUACAUGCGUAUGUACUGCCAGUUAAAGUUUUUUUUCUUCUGCAGAAAACAAUCAUUAGCAGUAGAGAAUUCCUGUAGGACGAGACCUCAUGAAUAAAACCAUGGUGGUAUUUGUAUGGGUAGCUUGUAGGGUGUCUAUGUUGCUCAGUGCGGAUUUGAACUAUUUUGCUUAUGCUGUGUUUGCUUUGUUCAUUUUGGUGUUUUUAGUCAUUUCUACUUCUUUUGAAGUAUAUAUACUAACAUUAUAGUAUUUUAAUAGGAAGCUACGAUGAAAUUGGUUAUUGCAUACAUACAGAUAGUUGUUCUAAGUACUUAGUACUUAGUGCAGUUGCAAUCGAAUUUAUACCUGUGUA